AUGCGCGUCAUAAUCUUCAUACACCUGCUCCUCCAUCACGCCUGGCUGGUGUACAGUAGGACGAUCGAAAGAGUCGGGUAUGCGGGACAUAUUGGCUACUCUGGCGGUCUCUCCAGCCAAAAUGAACUGGUGCCAGAGAGGGAGGGAGGGGGCAAGACGGGGCCGUGGAAAUACAACAUGCCAGUAGUCCUCGGCGACAUGCUGAAUGCCCUGGACGUUAUGCAAGAUUCAUAUUUCGACAUUUUCACCGGGACAUGGCCAGAUGCGAUCGACUGGACCGCUGCUGUCAUGGGGACACAUGUCUCGGCGACGCUCGCUGGCAUUGUCUCCUCCUUGGAUGCAUCUUCCACGGCGACCUGCUCUGAUAUGCUCUCCUGGCAGAACAUAGUUGAUCGGUAUUAUGCGCACACGACAGUCUUCUACUUUGGCGAGAACGCGUUCGGUUUACGAAAUCAAGCUUACGACGACAUGCUUUGGGUUGUUCUUGGCUGGCUCGAGAACUUGAAAUUUGCGGAAAUGUAUACUUUGAAGCACUGGGAUUUUAUCCAAUCUGGAAGACGCGCCGAUUCGGGAACUGGGUGGCAUGGGCUUCAAAUCAGCCCCAUGGCCGCUCACCGCGCUCGAAUAUUUUACGACCUGGCAUCCGGGGGAUGGGGUGAAUCCCUUUGUGGAGGCGGGAUGAAUUGGAAUCCAUAUCUGACACCCUACAAGAACGCCAUCACGAAUGAACUUUUUGCUGCGGCCAGCAUUGCCAUGUACCUCUACCACCCUGGCGACAACAACACGUCCCCAUACAUGGCAGAAAGCUGGACUGGCUCCCCCAAGCCUCAUGAUCCCUUAUAUUUGGAAAACGCCAUCAAGAGUUACAAGUGGCUUAUGGAGAGCCAAAUGCGCAAUGCCAAGUCUGGUCUCUAUCAAGACGGCUUCCACGUCACGGGCUGGCGCCGAUACCCGAAUGGGACCAUCAACCCCGGCACUGGAAAUUGUGACGAGCUCAAUCCUAUGGUAUAUACUUACAACCAAGGUGUGGUGCUGUCCGCUAGUCGCGGGUUGUGGUUGGCUACUGGAGCCAGAAGCUACUUGGAUGAUGGCCAUGCUCUGGUGGAGAGUGUGGUGCGGGCGACUGGGUGGCCAAACUCACAUCCAACCUGGAGUGGUUUGGGCCGUGCAGGGAUUCUUGAAGAAUUCUGUGACCACAGUGGAUAUUGCAGUCAAGAUGGUCAGACCUUCAAGGGCAUCUUUUUCCAUCAUCUAUCGGAAUUUUGCCGGCCAUUGUGGCCACAAGAAGAGGCAUUCAUCGCCACAGACAAAGGUGCGAAUUUCGACAGGGAAAUCUACCAAUACCACCUGGCCCGCUGUGCUGCUUAUGACAAAUGGGUUGCCCAUAAUGCCAACGCAGCCUGCGCAACGCGAGACGCCGAUGGUCAUUUUGGCAUGUGGUGGAGUUUCGAGGAACCUGAUGAAGACACUAUGGCUGAGAUCCAGGAGAGCACAGUUCUUCCAACGGGGGCGGAUGACUAUCUUAAUCCUCGUCCAGAGAGCUGGUCAACUCAAUCGGUCAAUUCGACUGAUAGAAACGAUCGAGGAAGGGGGCGAACCGUGGAGACACAGAGUGGAGGAUUGGCGGUCCUUCGAGCGCAGUGGAACUGGCAAGUGAAUUUACAGCAAAUUUCAACGUGA